CUUCAUCUUUUCCUGCAAAGCUUGCAGCUGUACAAUAACUCCUUGGAUAGAUUAUAUCUGGAUGAGAAUGGAGAGCUGGCUGCUGAUCUUGACAUCAUGAGUUGGGCCCAGUUUCCCAACAAGUCAGUGGUCCGGGCAAAAUUUGGGAGCCUAACAAGACAGGGAUCCGGAAAAGCCAUGUUUACUAUUGACCAGGAUGCAAUGGUGUCCCCCAAAUGGCUUAACCAGUCCCUCCCUGAGUCUAAAUGUGUAGAGAGCUGCCAUCUUGGUUUCUUCAUGGUGCCUCAGGAAGGGGAGCUUCCUUGCUGCUAUGACUGUCUUCCUUGUGGGGAAGGGACCAUCUCCACUCAGGAAGAUGCGGAAAAAUGCACCAAAUGCCCAGAGGAUAAGCAUCCAAAUGAAAAACGAGAUCAGUGUAUCCCCAAGAUCACAACCUUCCUAACUUACAAAGAGCUUCUGGGGAACAUCUUGGCUUCCUUUGCCCUGAUCUUGUCUUUAACCACCGUGCUUGUCUUAGCAAUCUUCAUUAGAUACUUGGAAACUCCAAUAGUCAAGGCCAACAACAGGGACCUCUCUUACAUCCUCCUCAUUUCCCUAUUGUUCUCCUUUCUGACUUUCUUUCUCUUCAUUGGCCAGCCAAGGAAAGCCACUUGUCUUCUCCGUCAAACCGUUUUCAGCAUUGUCUUCUCGACAGCUGUCUCUUCAGUCUUAGCCAAGACAAUCACAGUAGUGUUGGCCUUCCUGGCCACAAAGCCAGGCAGCAACAUGAGAAGGUGGCUGGGGAAGACUCUGGCCAACUCCCUGGUUCUUUCUUGUUCUGGGAUUCAAAUGCUCAUUUGUUGUAUCUGGUUAGGAGUCUCUCCUCCAUUCCCUGACUCUGACUUCCAUUCCCAGCCUCGAGAAAUCAUCCUGCAAUGCAAGGAAGGGUCUGUUGCCCUGUUCUAUGGAUCCCUGGGCUACAUGGGCAUCCUGGCUGCCAUCUGCUUCACAGUGGCUUUCCUGGUCAGGAAUCUGCCUGGAGCCUUCAAUGAAGCCAAGCUAAUCACCUUCAGCAUGCUGGUCUUCUGCAGUGUCUGGAUCUCUUUUGUACCCACCUACCUGAGCACCAAGGGGAAAUACAUGGUGGCUAUGCAAGUCUUCUCCAUCUUGGCCUCCAGCACUGGGCUGUUGGGCUGCAUCUUCAUCCCCAAGUGCUAUAUUAUUAUCCUGAGGCCAGAUCUUAACACAAAGGAGCAGCUUGUAUUAAAAGUAAAAUAA